CCUCAAACCGCUCGCGCGACAACAUCUUCAUUAAUUAAUCUCUCACGCUAAAAGUGUAUUUCACAACAGUACUUGUAUCAGUCUUAUCAGACAGUGACAAUGCUAUUUGCAUUUCUGGUGUUAUCUCUGGUGGCAGUGGCCGUCUUUUACCUUUAUCAACUCGGGACGAGAAAUGAAGAUUUUUUCUUGGAAAGAGGACUGAAAUUCCCCAAACCUUCAUUUCUCCUUGGGAAUAACUUCAAAUUGGUCACAAAGCAAAUAAAUUUCUAUGAUCACAUAAUAAAUUUAACCCGACUGUUUCCGAAGGAAAAAUUGAUGGGAAUUUUUGAUUUUCGAACACCUGUUGUCCUUAUUCUUGAUCCAGAACUCACUAAGCAACUCGCUAUUAAGGACUUUGAUAACUUUACGGAUCAUUUUGAGUUCUUCAAACAAGAGGCUGAGCCUCUUCUCGCAAAUUCUCUCUUCAAUCUUAAAGGCUUGAAAUGGAAGGACAUGAGAUCGACUUUGAGUCCAGCUUUCACAGGAAGCAAAAUGCGUCUCAUGUGUGACUUGAUGGUGGAGAUUUGUGAGCAAAUGGUGGACUUUCUGAAGAGCGAGAUUAAGGAAAAAGGUCCUCAAACGUAUGAAAUGAAGGAAUUACUCUCAAGAUUGACAACAGAUGUGAUUGGCACUUGUGCAUUUGGAGUCAAAGUGAAUUCGUUGAAAGAGAAAAAUAAUAAUUUCUACAAAACUGCGAGGAUGCUGAUCAAUUUCAGUAGUUUGAAAUUGCAGCUUAAGUUUAUGGGUUAUAGAAUGAUUCCUAGUGUAAUGAAGUACUUCAAAAUUCCCAUGUUUGAUCCGGAAAGCAGGACUUUCAUGAAUAGCCUGGUUUUGGACACAAUCAAGACCCGAGAAGAGAAGAAAAUCGUUCGUCAUGAUAUGAUAAACCUCUUGAUGGAAGCUCAGAAGGGAAAUUUGACUCACACAACAGCCGAAAAGGACUCUGCAGGAUUUGCGACGGUUGAAGAGUCUGACAUUGGAUUGGUCAGUUCGACUAAAUCGUCAUGGACCGAUGAUGAAGUUGUUGCGCAGUGUUUCAUAUUCUUCCUGGCUGGAUAUGAGGGAAUGUCCACGUUUGCCAGUUUUAUCAUCUACGAAGUAAUGGUUAAUCCAGAUGUUCAGGAGAAGUUAUUCAAUGAAGUGUCAGCCAUGAACAAACAGUUGGGAGGAAAGCCUCUAAAAUAUGAUGCUCUCAAGCAAAUGAAGUAUUUGGAUGGUGUUGUGUCAGAAGGGUUGAGGAAAUGGACUGGACCGUUCCUUGAUCGUGUGUGCACGAAAGAUUUCACUCUGAAGUACGACGAUGGCAAAGAAUACACUUUCCGAAAGGGUGAAACAUUUUGGAUCCCAAUUGUGAGUUAUCAUCACAAUCCUGACUACUUUCCUGACCCCGAGAAGUUUGAUCCUGAGCGAUUUAGCGAUGAAAACAGUGGUUCAAUUAAUCCUUCCACUUUUGCGCCUUUCGGAAUUGGGCCUCGAAAUUGUAUUGGUUCUCGCUUCGCCCUGAUGGAAUUGAAGGCGAUUGUCUACUAUUCAGUGUUGAACUUCCAUCUGGAACCAACAGCAAAGACUCAAAUUCCAGUCCAAAUGGCUAAAAACUUCUUGGGCUUACAGUCUGAGAGGGGAAUUCACGUUCAAUUCCGUCCGAGAUCGCCGAAAUGUACUUCAGAGUGUCUGAAUGGACAGACAGCUUUUAAGCUGAUACGCGAUAAAAGAGUGAAGAUGUUGCUAGAAUUUCUGCUCUUUACGGUUUUAGCCGCUGUGAUUGUGUACAUUUAUCAAACAGGAACUAAGAAUGAGGAUUUCUUCCUGAAAAAAGGGAUUAAACAUCGAAAGCCAGUGUUUCUUGUCGGGAACAACCUGAGAAUAAUCACAAAGCAAACGAGUGUAUUUGAACAUAUAAGAGAUUUAACGAGGGAAUUUUCAAAGGAGAAAUUGGCAGGAGUUUUUGAAUUCCGUAAGCCCAUCGUCCUAAUUUUAGACCCAGAAAUCGCCAAGCAACUCACCAUUAAAGAGUUCGAUAGCUUUGGAGAUCGCGAGUUGUUUUUCAGUGAAAAAGAUGAUCCACUCUUUGGGAACAUCCUAUUCAGUCUUCGCGGUCAAAAAUGGAAGGACAUGAGAUCGACUUUGAGUCCAGCUUUCACAGGAAGCAAAAUGCGUCUCAUGUGCGAUUUGAUGGUUGAGAUUUGUGAGCAAAUGGUGAAUUUUUUGAAAAGGGAAUCAAAACUAAAAGGAUUCCAGACAUAUGAAUUUAAGGAGUUGUUCUCGAGAUUGACCACAGACGUUAUUGGAACUUGUGCAUUCGGAAUAAAGGUGGACUCUAUGGAAGAUCCGGAGAAUACUUUCUACAAAACAGGAAGAGGUCUAAUCUCGUUCUCUGGUAUUUCAAUUCAACUUAAAUUCAUAUUCAUGAGAUUAUUUCCUAAGAUAAUGAAGUUCUUCAAGAUUCCCUUUUUCGACGUUAGAAGCAUGACUUUUGUGCGUGAUCUCGUUAUGAAUACCAUUAAGACUCGAGAAGAGAAGAAAAUCGUUCGUCAUGACAUGAUAAAUCUGCUGAUGGAGGCUCAGAAGGGAAAUCUGACUCACACAACAGCCGAAAAGGACUCUGCAGGAUUUGCCACAGUUGAGGAAUCAGAAAUUGGAUUAUCAAAAUCCGCAAAGAUGUCACUGACAAAUGACGAAAUUGUUGCUCAAUGUUUUCUCUUUUUCCUGGCGGGAUUCGAAGGUAUUUCGUCGGUAACGGGUUUCAUUAUGUACGAGAUCAUGAUUCACCAGGAAGUUCAGGAGAAACUCUUCAAGGAAAUAUUAAAUGUUCACAGAAAGCUAAAUGGAGAACCAUUAAAAUACGACACUCUUCUGCAUUUAAAGUAUUUGGACAUGGUAGUUUCUGAGGCAUUACGACUAUGGACAGGUCCUGUCUUCGAUCGUACCUGCACACGAGACUUCACCCUGAAAUAUGACAAGGACAAGGAAUACACAUUCGAAAGUGGCGACGUUAUUUGGAUUCCAAGUGUUGGCUAUCAUCAUAAUCCUGACUACUUUCCUGAUCCGGAGAAAUUCGAUCCUGAAAGAUUUAACGAUAAGAACAAGGGAUCAAUUAAUCCAUCAACUUACGUACCUUUCGGAGCAGGUCCUCGGAAUUGCAUUGGUUCACGAUUUGCUUUAAUGCAGCUGAAAGCUUUCGUUUAUUACUUGAUUUUACACUUUCAUGUUGUACCAACGGCGAAAACGCAGAUUCCACUAAGAAUUAAGAGAUCCAUGGUUGCUGUCCUACAACCAGAAGGAGGAAUCUACGGAGAAUUUCGGCCGAGAUCCCAGGAAUCAUAGUUUGAAGCAAGACAAUAAUGAUUGACUUGUUCAAUGUUACAAUUAUAAAUUUUGGUACCGUUUUGAAAAGCUCUUCCAGUUAUUAUUGAAAUAGAAACCUUCAGGCCAUAUAAAAAUA